AUGAUAAUCCUUACUAAAGGUCAAAAAUUAACAAUAAUAAUAUCGUUUUUCCUUGUAACUGCAACUACAUUAAGCUGCUAUGGUUACAUAAUUUGUGUUACAACAAGUUUAAAUUUUCUGGUUUAUGGAUGGCAGAAUAAGGACUUUCGAGAGGCGUACAAGAAAAUACUUUACAAGCAAAGAAUACCAUAA